AAAGGGAUCGGAUCUCCUCGGCGGCAGGUGUUCGUGUCAUCUAUAGUCGGCCAUAUUGUCCUUGUUGUUGACAGAAGUUGGAGAAAAGGGGAAAUAAUGGCCACGUUAUCCGAGAGGGAGAAAAAUAAGCUCGUUCAGGAGAAAUGCCAGAGUAUCCUAACCGAGCUACUCAAGGACGAGGACAACAAGUAUUGUGUCGACUGUGAUGCGAAAAUGGGAAAGGCAGAAAAUUAUUGCUAUUUUGAUGAAGAGAAAUUAGAAAACAUUGUAGUGGUUGGCUUCGGUUCAAGAUACGUGUUUUACUCUUUACCUGUAGUUUCCUCUUACCUGUGCGAAAAGGUUAUCUUGACCAUCACCAGCUGGACCAUGCAGUAUAAUUUGCUUUGGGAGAGAAGGUGCUUCAAAAGGAAAAGGACCAGUGGGACAGUGGAGUUACCUGCUCCAGUUAGUGGACGUAAUACAAGCAGAGGAACAAGUGCAUCUCCCAAGCCACUGCCAAAAGCUCCAGGCAGCAAGAGUUCCUCUCCAUCACCAGGGUCUGUUGCAAAAGGAACUGCAUCAUCAUCAAAAGCAUCAGCCACAGCCACUGCAUCAAGUGCCACUCAGGACUUGCUUGGGCUGGAUGCACCCUCAACCAAUGGUACAAGCACAGAUAGUUCAGAUCCAUUUGGGGAGUUUGUAGUUGCACCAGCCAGCCAGACAACAACCACUCCAAAUGUAACCAGUAAUACAGCAAACCAAGAAACUCCAGCUGCUCCUGCCAGUGACUCGGCCAAAACAGAUGAGGAAAAUUUCUUUAAUCAAAAAUUACCUGAGGGGGGAUCAGAUAAAUUGACAAAGGACUCAAUCCUAGCCUUAUAUGGGCAAGCACCUGCUCAACCACAGCCAACAAAUGUAUAUGGUGUUCCCAGUAAUGUAUACAUGGGAGGGGCACCUCCUGGCCAACCCAUGCCUCAAGCUCCAAUGGGUAUGCAGAAUGGAGGGGUUAUGGCACCACAGCAACAGAACAUGAUGUUUAUGGCUCAAAGUGGUAUGGCAGGGAGUGGUGUUCCAAAUCCUUUCUUUGCUAAUGGCAUGCCGCAGGCUGUCCCCACUUCCAUUCAGCUCUCGGCAGCUAACCCAUUUGCGCAGAAAGGCCCCAUGCAUCUCUUCUCUGCUCACUCUGACUUCAGCUACAGAUCCUUCUUCCAGGUACUCGUCUAAACCUGCUUGAGCAAAAUUUAUCUCCCAUUUUUGCAGUUCGUCUCCUUGGUGACCUCCAUUAUUGGCAUUAUUCUCUCUGCCCAGUCCCGGUUCAUCCCCUCCUCUUGGUCCCCAUGGCCUCCCCAAACAUCUUUUCUUUCUUUCUGACUGACUUUCUUUUUUGCAAAUUUUGUUUUCUUAAUCUUUUCUUUUUUACGUCACUUUUUUGUUUUGUUUUGUUUGAGCUACUGCUUUCUGGAUUUUUGUGAGGAGCCCAAUUUUUUGAAAAUGGUCUUGAAAUUUUUGUGGUUAUUUUUAUGUAUAUUAUUGGUUAUUGUCUGCUCCCUUGUUUUCAACUUUGGAGCUGCGGCUGGCUCGUCAGCAGUCCUGCUUCAGCCUGUUCAUAUCCUCUUGAUUAUUCCACUUUUACCUGUUUUAUACCCGUUUCAUCUCCACUGUACAUAAAUUUUAUCCAAGCCUUCCUCAGCAUUUUGUGAAUGCUUUUUAAAUGCCUGAGCUAUGAGGAGAAUUUUCAAGCCGUCUCCUGUUUUUUAUUUUCUUGGUCUUUUAACUUUACAUCUUUAGCCUUUUUCUGCAUCUUUUUGUUUUAUUUAUUUUCUUUCAAAAUUAGGAAAGGAAAAAUAAAGUUUGAUGUAAGGUUUAUUUUAGAUUGAAUAAAUGUGAACUGACUGCAUUUCAUCUUCUCAGUCACUGGCUUCAAGAAUGCUUUUCUCAUGCAGAUUGAAUGUGUAUAAGGAAUUUUAAUCCCAUGGUGCUGGGAAAAUGUAGUGUUCACUGUAGUGUUGUUUUAUGAAAUGUCUCUGUGCAUAGAUGGCUAGACAAGUGCUUAGUAGCAAAGGACUCAGUUAUUAGACUUUAUGACCUGAUUUCACUUUUCCUUGAGCUUUGGGGAAUUUUUUUCUUUUUUCUUUUUUACUAAUGCU